UUUUGUGUACCGCAAAUUUAGCCAUGUGCGGUGCCGACGUGUAUGCUGUAACUUUGUAUAGUCGCUCACGGUCACAAGCUCACAUCAUCUCUUUGUACUUCCAAGUUCCAAUAAUCAAUCAAUCGAUCCCCCAAAUUUCUUAAGCCUCUACUCCUUUUUCUAGGUCAAACAUCCACUCCCAAUUGGUGUAUUGUAAACCAAUCCCAAUUCCCAAAUCAAAACAAAUCCAAUCAAUAAAAUUCCUAAUUUUACCACUCUUUUCAAUCUCGCUUCAUUUCUGAAUGCAAUCCUAACUCUUUCUUUCAAUCUCAUCACCAUGACGACGCCAUGCGACUCGCAAUUCUGUCUCUUCCUCACCUUCCUCUGUCGCCGUCUUUACAGCAAAUCAUCUGAUUCUGUUGUUUCUUGCAAUGAUUCUCAUCAAAUUUUGAGGGAUUAUGCAAUUCGUGAGAUUAAUCUCUUGCUUUGGAUCUCUUUUUUUGGAAUUACGGUACUUCUGGUUAGAAAAAUUGUUCUUCUUCUUAAAUUAUGGUCUCAUGGUGGUCGCAUUCCCGGUCCUCCUUCUCCUUCUUUUUAUGGUCAUUCCGUUCUCCUUACUGGUGCAAAUCCUCAUGAAGAUCUUACUGGUUAUGAGCUGGUUAUGUGUUCAGCGUUUUGAUCAGUAUAUAGACACAAAGAAGACAAUGCUUUGUCGAAUUUAAUUACAAUUAAUUGAAAUUGAAAGCAUAUUAGGAUGUUAAGAGGUACUUUUGAACCGUGACUAGUGAAUCGAAGUAAAUUGAUUGAGAAGGAGGUUAUUUUUUUCCAUUUGGAAUUUAAUAGGGGUUUGGUUAUCAAUUGCUGGUGAUUGGUUCCUUGAUGAUUCGGUUUUUCUAAGUACUUGAAUAUGUUCAAUGACCAACUGGUCACAUUUGAAUGAACUCAUAUAUAAGAAGGUUGUUUGUGUCUACAGAUUUUAGAUUGUGGUAUGAUUUUCACUUAAGUAAUCAACUUGCUAUUAUUGUUGACGGUAAAUCAAGGAACAAUGGUUGAGUUCUAUUGAGGUCAGUGGCGGAUCCAGGGUUUAGAGUCUCCCGGGGCACCAACGAAUUGACGAAAUUUAAUUCUGUUAGGGUUGAUUGUUUUGGCGAGAAAGGUUGUUAGGAUGUUGUUAGGUUGUAUAUAAAGUAUUGUAAUAUGUUAGUUGUUUGCAGAUGAAUAAUAACAAUCUAAUCCUUCUUUCUUUCUUCUCUUCUCUUCUCUUCUGUCUCAAUCUCCCUCUUAUUUCUUUUCACUUGGCUAGAAAAGGCAUCUGUUCCUGAUCAAUUGAAGUUGAUCAGUAACAUUGGUAUUAGAGCAGCACGCUCCUGCUCUUGCUUUUGCUUCAGCAACUUUCUUUAUCUUUCUUUACUAAACAAAGAAGCUACCACUCAAUACUUGGUUAGAGGCAUCUUUCUUUAUAUCUUUUGUCUCAAUGUCCUUGAUUGGUGUCAAGGAAGUGAUCCAGUUGUUAACAAGAACAAAAGUCCAGAGGCGAUUAUUGAUAAAAGAAUGGUGCAACAAAACAACCAAGCUACCACUGAAUACUUGGUUAAAUCGUGUGAUAGUCCUAUAGAAGAUGCCUCAUGGAUGAAUGCUCAAGAUUUUGAAUCUACUUUCCCUUCUUUCAUUCAAGAAACUUGAGGGCAAGUUUCUCUGGGAGGGAAGCUUUGUUAAAGUCAAUAUUGUAGUCAAAAGGCGUUAUUAUAUUUUCAUUUGAUUAGCUGUUAUUUUUGUUUUUGGCUCAUAAAUUAAAGUUAAUUAAUUUUGUUAGGGUUGGUUGUUUUAACGGGAAAGGUUGUUACGAUGUUGUUAGGUUGUAUAUAAAGCAUUGUAAUAUGUUAGUUGUCUUUAGAUGAAUAAUAACAAUGUAAUCCUUCAUUCUUCUUUUCUCUUCUUUUCUGUCUCAA